AUGGCAUCAGUCUUUGUUGCGCUCCUUCCUACCACUCAUGCCCACCUUUCUCUCGCUGAGGAGUGGUCUGUUCAGUUGUGCGAGGUUAGCGCCUACGUCCUGUCAGUUCAAUUGGGAGUGGAUGGAGUGGAUGCCAGUCUCACCGAGAGGCAAAUGAACCCAAUCAGCGUCUUCAUCUCGUCCGAUGGACUGGAAAGCGUCCUCCUUCACGCGUUGAAUGAGUAUUUCCUCCUCCUCCUCCUCCUCCUCCCUCACUCACUCACUCGCAUUAUCAACCACCAUCGCCUCAUCACUGCAAUCAGUGGUCGCAGUGGCAGUAGCGCAUUUGAUGAGGUGGUGGUGGAGCUGGAGCGUCACUAUUUCAGGCGUUUUAGACGAUCCACUUUUCCCCCGUCAUCAUCAACAGUGCAAUUUGUACUUUUAUGCGUCCAACUUCAGGCCAGUCGAGUGGACGUCUGCUGUUGUGUAGAAAUGGUGCUGCCAAGUGAAAGCCUCACAGACGAGGACGACUCGAUGCCGGAGGCGGGGAGCCUAGCGAAACGACGCUGCAAAAACAAAAGAAAGAACGACCGACCGUGGCUCUACCGUUUUGUGGCACACGUGCUGGCACCCUUCAUUCUCUCCAAGUGGGUGCGGGCCCUCCUCUUCAUCCUCUUCGUGGGUUGGAUCUGCUUUUGCAUUGCAAUCAUCCCGCACGGUAUUCGCAUCGGGCUGGACCAAAAGCUCUCCAUGUCAUUGGACUCGUAUGUGUUGGAAUACUUUGAGGCCAUUUCCAGUCUGCUGGCAGUGGGACCGCCGGUGUAUUUUGUGGUGACGGAGGGUCACACCUUCGAUUCCCUCCACGGACAGAACCAGAUUUGCUCACGACCCGGAUGCGAUGCGGACUCGCUUGUCAACACACUGCGCCAAAGCAUUGCCAGCAAGGAGUAA